AGGCAUUCCAUGGUGCAGAUGACGAUUCUGUAAAUAAUUGUAUUGGGUCACUUAAGGAUCUCAAUGUCACAAGCAGAAGGUAAAUUAAUGAAUUGUGUUUUUGGUUCAGUGGACAAAUAAUUAAGGGAUGUCAUCUUUUUCAGGUACUUAGGUCAUUAGGAAAGAGCACUCACCAAAAAUAACACUCACUGUUCAUUUAAAUAUAUAACUAAAAAUUAAACCUGAACACAGCUGUUAUAGGAUUCAAAUGUAUGUAUGUACAUGUAGGAUAAUAUAAAUAUUGAGUAAAUAUCAAGAUUAUGUUGACAUCUCACUCGAUAAAAUAACAGUUGAAGUUUUAAUUGGAAAUCAUUUGAGUGUAAAUUUUACUCCUGCCAGGGACCAAUACUGUAGUUGCACUUUUUUGUAGCUGUUCGUGGUUAACAUCUUUAUUAAUACAAUUAAGCUCACUGAGUCUCACACUGAAUGAUUGGAGCUAGGUUCAAUCUGAGCUUCCCUUGAGUGUUGAUGCUAUUUUUGAAUAGCUGGAGGGUGAGUUAAGUCACAUUAGUACGGUAGUCAGCACUAACCCUCCAAUUAUUCAAAAACAACAUUGAAACUCAAGGGAAGCUCAGAUUGAACCUCCACUCCUCAGAUUGACUUAUAGCGGAUAUAAUCAGUAUGGAAUUAAUAAAUUUUUGCAUUAUGAAUGAAUAGUGUAGAUAUUUUUUGAAUGCUUUUUUUGUUGACGCGUGUAUGGAUUUCCUAACAGGUCUUCUCAAUCAAGUACAUCUGAGGGCAGCAUUUCUUCAUCAAAAUCAUCCCAACCGAAAUCUAAGCAAUGUGAGGUAUUGUUUGGCCUUAUAUGGCCUAGCUAGCCUUCUAACAAGUCAAAUCUAUAGGGUCUAGCUGGUACAGUAUAUACUAUCCACUGGGAAACUUUUAAAAUCUGGUAUUUUAACAACACAAUAUUUGGCACUUUUAAAAAGACAUAUUGAAUCAUUUGAAGAUAAAAGGCAUGACUUAAUAAGAUUCCCAAAGCAAGGUUCAAAGUUGCUGUGUACAAGUUGUUCCAACAAGACUAAUACAUUUAGCUGUUCGUAACAGGUUGGUUACUGUAGGAACUUGUUAAUAUCAACAACGUGUCACGUUCAGACGAUAUCAGACUUGUUGGAACAAUUUGUUGCGAGUCUAUUGGCAUUACAAGAUGAUAACAACUUGGUCAACAACUGGAAAUCAGCAGUGCGAACACAUCUUCUUGACAAGCUUUGAGAUUUUAAAAGCGUGUAUUAGAGCAAAGUUUUUAUUUUAUUAUUAGAAUUUUGAGGUUGAGAAAAGACAAAAUUAGGCCCGAAAACAAUAUCAUACGUGAUUCAAACAUAAAUUAAAACAAUUUCAACUCACAAUUUGAAAAGCGCGCGAAAAUUCUUGACUGAGCCCACGAUGGCGUUGAGUGACUACUCAACGGCAUUUUUCUCUCCAAUUUCUGGUCGCGACUGUACCGUAGUGCGUAAUGUAAAAAAAACCCACCUAUCGGCCAUAACCUUCAUAUCAUUUGUUUUAUUCAAUGAAUUAACGGUUUUUUGCAGGCUUGUCGGUCAAUUCCAGCAGACCAUCCAGGAUUUCUAAGCAUAGAUAAACAUGCUCAUGUUUCAUACACAAGCCGUCGUAAUCCUGCUCAUCAAGAUAUCUAUAGUGUUGUCAGACAAGCGUGUGUGCGAAGGUAUGGUGUAUAACAGCCAAGGUUUUCAAAAGAAGCGAUUUUCCCCGUCUAUAGCGUACUAGACAAUCGCCGGUUAUCGACAUUAGGUACCGGUCAUUAUUUAUGGUUUGGGGUCGAAGAGAAAUGUUUGUCCUGGUAAAAAUUUUGAUUAUCCAACCAUUAAAAAGUCAGAUUUUUUAUACCCAACCUCAAAUACCAAUUAAAAAAUAAAUACCCACCCUUGGCGAAACUUUGCAAAAGGGUAGCAUUCAGUUGUUACACAUGUCCUUUACCACUUCUGUGACACAAGUUUGAUAACCAUUUGCGUAAUUUUCUGCAUUGUGAAGUUUCAUGUUGUCUGCGCAAUCAUGUACUUUCUUUGGAGACACCAUUUGCCUCCUCACAAAUCGGAAAAUGAUCAAGAUUGAUUCACAUAUUGUAUCGACAUAUGACUGUUGACAUUGCUUUUUGACAUUCCCAAUAUUUGCGUGAGUCAUGCUUUGGAAAUGACAAUAAUUUUUUAUUACGCAAUCUUUGAGUUGUUUUGCUUUUCAUUUACCCAACCUAUCACUCAAAAUUUUGUUUACCCAACCUUUUUCUCUUCUGUACCACCCCCGCCAUAAAUGUAGACCGAUCCCUUAUAACCCAGAAUAUCGUUAUCACUGACACAAGAAAUGGCAACGGAAACGAUUGUUGUGUUUAUGUAGCAUACAGUUUACACAAUAUUCGUCGUUGAAGAUUUGGAUAAUAUGAGAAGAUCUCCAAAUAUAUUGAAAUUUCAUAGGGUCUAAAUUUCAAAAUCUUCACAGGGAGACUCCGUCGCCGCAUCCUCUCUGUUAAGGCUAGUUUCCACUCAGGAAAAUUAUCCGUGGAUUGGAACGGACAAAGAAACUUUUUCUUUGUCUUGUGAGCUCUGGGUUGGAACUAAUGACUUUAACACAAAGAAAAAUUGUCUUGUCCGUUCCAAUCCACGGAUAAUUUUCCUGAGUGGAAACUAGCCUUUAGUGGAUGCAUGGAACCGCCAGCACCACAUACAAUCGCUGCCUACUUUUUUCAAAAAGCUUCCUGCUCAAAAUUCUAGUCAAACAGAAAAAAAUCUAGUCAAACAUGAAAACCAGUAUCGCGCGCGUGGCAAACACUCUCUCAACUUUCAUCAAAAUUUUGAACCAGCUCAAUGUUUAUGUGAAUGAAUUAGAGUCGAUGAAACUUGACGGUUAAAUGCGAACGAGAAUUACAACUGUCAUCAACUUUCAUUACUUCUUUGCAUUUUUAGCUUAAGUUGCGAGAUAUGCCCUGGCCGAGAAGGACCGAUAUUUUUCGGAGAAGACGCCAAUGGCUAUGUUUUGAGUCACACAUUCUUUCUUAAAGAUUCCCAAGCCAGAGGUCUUCAACGCUGGUACGUAAAGUAUAAUAUAUGUUACAAGGCCGAAUUUUUGUGGAAAUGGUGGGGGAGAUGAAGAAAAAGAUUUAGGGGAGGUGCAGCGAUCUAGCUCACGGUCCUCAUGGAAAGUUAGGGCUUGGAGCGUUACCCUUAAAUUCGACCACGUGACGUAUGCACAUACUGUACAUAUGUAUCAGUGUAUUUAUGAAUUAUGACUGUACGACCUAUCCAAUUUUUCCCUUCAUUAAUGCAGAAUUUCUUUCAUGACCUUGCAUUGAAAGGGUAUUUGACACAGAGAUGAAUAUAGCUAUCAAUUUUACAUAAAAACAUUCUUAGAAGGUGUAGACUCUAAGCAGCACAUGAAAAUUUUGUCAAAUUUGUUGGCUCAAUCAACAAUGUUCGUGCGAUUUUUUGUUUUGAUUUUUUUAAAGGCUCAAAUACUAGGUUUAAAUAUCUUUAGCAUUUUCGUAACCUUAAAGAUGCUGUGCAGUUCGUAAAGUAAACAAACGCUUUAUUUACAUUAUGAACUGCUAUAUUUGUAAUAUAUAAUAUACCAAUUGAAUAUCUAACACUUUUCGGGUUCGCUAUGCUUGUUAAUGAAUAUAAAUCCUACGUUUCGAUUCAAAAAAGUUCGAAAGAUGAAAAAUUUGGGCAAUGUUUAUAUCUGCGGUCCCCCUUUGUUAUGAGCAGAACUGAUGCGCAGAACGUACUUUACGACAUCUUUAAAUUUUCAUGACCGAUAAAUAAACAAUUUUGCUGACCAUAUCCUGAAAUAAUUCAGUAGUUCGCCUUGAUCAUUAUUAUUUUGUACACGUCAGCAUGUACAACUCACGCAUGCUCGGUUAGGAUGGGCUAGCCUGUCAUCGUUAUCAAUCUGUAGCCCAUUGCGUUCUCUGCGUUAUAUUUCCAAAAAUUCAGUAUUACGCGUCACAAUAGAUCCUUCCAAGAUUAACAACGCCAUAGUGUUUCAAUAGUGCAAGGGGCGCAAACACAAUGGAAUUCUCUAUAGGUAAAUUUGCAAGGAGUGCAAACACAAUGGUGAAAACAUUAUAUUCAAAAUGGCGUCCUUAACCUUGGAAGGGCCUAUUCGAAAAAGUCCUCAUUUUCUUGAGCAGUUAACAAAAAAAUUCACUAUUCCUUGAAGCAACUAAAGUUUUUUAAAUAAGUUUUCAGACACAUGCACCGAACUCUUCGCCUUCGAUUUAUAGUAGCAGGGAGUGGGGAGAUUUUCGAACAAUUUGUGGCAGAUAAGAAAAUAUAUAAUUACUGUAUCUUUCACAAUUGAGUGAGCAUUCAUUUCCUCUAUAGGUACAGCAUUAUAAUUGUUAUGAUGGACCGAAUUUACCUCAUCAAUUCGUGGCUAUUUCUUGUCAA